AUGGAUUGGAAGUAUAUAGAAACGUCUGAUCCAAUGAUAAGAGGCAAAGCCCCUGAAAUCGAAGCGGAAAUUCCAGAAAGAUGCGAUGGAGGAUUCCCGAUGAGGGCAUGGUAUCACGUGAUUAUAGGAGGAGCUUGUUCUGGAGGACCAUACAGACAGAGGGUGAUGGGAUUAAACGUAUGCAAACCGUAUCCUUUUCGCCCAUGCGGACAUUACACAAAACACCCAAUUUACGAGCAAUGUCCGAAGGAACGCCAGAUCACACCGAAAUGCAGACUUAGAUGUUCACUUGGGUAUAAUAAAACCUAUAAAGAAGACGUGAUUUAUGCAAAAAGUGCCCACUAUUUGAAGACGAACGAAACAGAAAUACAAAAGGAGAUAAUGAUGAAUGGACCUGUACAAGCUAGUUUUAAAGUGUAUGGAGAUUUCCUUACAUAUGAGAAAGGAAUUUAUAGGCACACAGCUGGCGAGGAUGAGGGUGGACACGCUGUCAAAAUUAUCGGAUGGGGAGUAGAGAAUGAUGUUAAAUACUGGCUUGUUGCGAAUUCAUGGAAUACCGGUUGGGGAGAAGAUGGAUAUGUACGCUUUCUUCGUGGAGAAAACGAGUGCGAAAUCGAAACAAGGAUCAUUGCUGGCUUUUUUGAAGCUUAG